UAAGGCUUUGCCCCUCCCCUUGAAACCAAAAAAACCAAGCUCACUUCAGAGUUCAAAGCAAUGUGGCGAAGGAGCUUGAGUAGUGGCAGUCAAGCGAGCGCCUUGCACGCGCUGAAGGGGAAGAAUUGGGACGCGCUUGUGAUCGGAGGUGGCCACAACGGCUUGACGGCGGCGGCUUACUUAGCUCGAGGUGGACUCUCGGUGGCCGUUCUAGAGCGACGCCACGUCAUCGGUGGAGCGGCAGUGACCGAAGAACUCAUCCCUGGCUUCAAGUUCUCUCGAUGCAGUUACCUCCAGAGCCUCCUCCGUCCCUCCGUUAUCAGAGAACUAGAGUUAGCGAGACAUGGAUUGAAGUUGUUGAAGAGGAAUCCAUCGUCGUUUACGCCUUGUUCGGAUGGAAGAUAUCUUUUAUUAGGACCUGAUAAUGAGCUUAAUCAUUCUGAGAUCUCCAAGUUCUCCAAACGCGAUGCCGAUGCUUAUUCAAGAUAUGAGAGCCAGUUAGAGAGGUUCUGUAAACUCAUGGAUCCACUUUUGGAUUCACCGCCUCCUGAAUCUUUGCAAGGUACUUCAUCUUUUCAAGAUCGCUUCAAGAAUAAAGUACACAUCUCAGCCUUUUGGACUUGUUUGCUGCACCAGGCUGCUUCCUUGGGGCAGAAAGACAUGGUGGAUUUUAUGGAUCUUUUAUUGUCCCCGGCUUCAAAGGUUUUGAAUAACUGGUUUGAGACAGAUGUUCUGAAGGCAACCCUUGCAACAGAUGCCGUGAUAGGCAGUACGGCUAAUGUUUGCACACCAGGGAGUGGAUAUGUUCUGCUACAUCAUGUGAUGGGAGAAACUAACGGUGAUCGCGGAAUUUGGUCAUAUGUUGAAGGUGGAAUGGGGUCAGUAUCCAUGGCUAUCGGGCAUGCUGCUAAGGAGGCUGGGGCUCAUAUUGUCACAAGUGCAGAGGUUUCACAGCUGGUAGUUGAGGACUCGGGCAAAGUGAAUGGGGUGUUGCUGGCUGAUGGUACACGAGUGCAUUCUUCAAGCAUUUUAUCAAAUGCAACUCCUUAUAAAACUUUCAUGGAAUUUGUGCCUAAAAAUGUUCUUUCUGAUGAUUUCACUCGUUCCAUUAAGUACUCUGAUUACAGCUCUGGAACUACAAAAAUAAACUUAGCUGUUGAUAAAUUGCCUGAGUUUCAUUGUUGCAAGUCAAUUUAUCCUGGUUCAGGUCCUCAGCACACUGGUACCAUUCAUAUUGGUUCUGAGAGCAUGGAGGAGAUUGAUUCAGCCUGUCUAGAUGCAGUUAAUGGAUUGCCGUCAAGAAGGCCAGUCAUUGAAAUGACAAUUCCAUCCGUACUGGACAAGACAAUUUCUCCACCUGGUAAGCAUGUCAUUAACUUGUUCAUCCAAUACACCCCUUAUAAACCGUUGGAUGGCAGCUGGGGUGAUCCAUCGUACAGGGAAUCAUUUGCGCAAAGAUGUUUCACCUUGAUUGAUGAAUAUGCUCCGGGGUUCAGCUCAUCUAUAAUUGGCUACGAUAUGCUAACUCCUCCUGACCUUGAAAGGGAAAUUGGCUUGACAGGAGGAAACAUCUUUCAUGGUGCCAUGGGAUUAGAUUCUAUUUUUCUUAUGCGACCUGUUAAGGGAUGGUCGAGUUAUAGGACUCCGUUGCCAGGCCUUUACUUGUGCGGGAGUGGUGCCCAUCCAGGGGGUGGUGUGAUGGGCGCACCCGGCCGCAAUGCGGCGCAGAUAGUUCUUCAAGAUUUCAAGAAAAAACUGAAUUGAUUUUCUGAAAUUAGCUCUGCUGUUUUUCAUUAUGCUGUCGGAAAUAAUAUCCUUUGGAAAAUUCAGAUCAAAUCACAUUCAUCCUCGCUUUAAACGAAUCAAUGAUGUUGAAUUAAAUUUACGUCCUUAUGUCAUUGUCGCUUAUAAAGCUGAAUCAUUACUAGAAUAUAUUUAUCAUGAAUCUAACAUUUUAAAAUUGAAACAAUAUU